UCCUUCUCCUAGAUGGCUUGGCGCCUCGGCAAGAGCUCCGCGCUCCAUGCCGCCGCCGGGCCGUCGAGCGACACAACGCAGCAGCCGCCGCUGCCGUUCGUGACUCGCGACUACUACCUCGAGCACCCUGCCGUCGCAGCGCUGACGGAGCAGCAGGUGGAGGCCGAGCGGAAGCGGCUCGGCGUCGUCGUCCACGGCGAGGACGUGCCGAAGCCGGUCGGCAGCUUUGUGCAGGCGUCGCUGCCUGAGCACGUGCUCGGCACGCUGCGCGCCGCCGGCUACGACGCGCCCACGCCUAUCCAGCGCCAGGCCUGGCCGAUCGCCAUGAGCGGGCGGGAUGUGGUCGGCCUGGCCGAGACGGGCUCCGGCAAGACGCUCGCCUACCUCCUCCCCGCCCUCGUGCACGCAAGCGCACAGCCGCCGCUCAAGGAGGGGGAGGGCCCGCUCUGCCUCGUUCUCGCCCCGACACGCGAGCUCGCCUGCCAGAUCGAGAGCGAGGCCGCCCGCUUCGGCGCUCCGUGCGGCGUCCGCACCGCCGCAGUCUACGGCGGCGUGCCGAAGGCGGAGCAGGUGGCGCUGCUGCGCAAGGCGCCGGAGCUCCUCGUGGCCACGCCAGGCCGGCUGAAUGAGCUGCUCUCCAAGAAGAAGACAGAGCUGACUCGCUGCGCCUUGCUAGCGCUCGACGAGGCGCGGCGGAGAUACAGCCGAGAAGCAGCCGAGAUACAGCCGAGACUAGGCUUCGAGCCUCAGAUCUCUGCGAUCCUGGGCCACAUGCGGCACGACAGGCAGAGCCUGCUCUUCUCCGCGACGUGGCCAGCCGAGGUGCAGACGAAGGUCCUCUCCUUCCUCAGCGACCAAGGACGGCCGUUUCUCUUCCUUAGUUUAGGCCGCGCCAACACCUCCAUCGAGCAGCGCGUGCUGCUCUGCGACGACGCGGGCAAGAUGGAGGCGCCGCUGACGCUGCUCGAGGAGGAUGACACAGUUGUGGAUGGCUCGCGCCUGCUGCUCUUCACGUCGUCCAAGCGGCGCUGCGACGAGCUGACCAAGGAGCUGAGGCUCGACGGAUGGCCGGCUCUCGCGCUGCACGGCGACAAGCCGCAGGAGGAGCGCGACUGGGUGCUGCAGCAGUUCCGCUCGGCGGAGCACCCGCUGCUCGUUGCGACGGAUGUGGCGCAGCGCGGCCUCGACGUCAAAGGCGAGAGAAGGCCGAGAUAUUUCGAGACACAGCGCGUCGCCGCGGUGAUCAACGUCGACUGCCCGGAGACGUCCGAGGCGUACGUCCACCGCAUCGGACGCACCGGCCGCGCCGGCGAGGUCGGCCGCGCCUACACGCUGGUCACGCCGGCCGACGCACGCAUGUGCGACGACUUGGUGCAGGUGCUGCGCGACGCAAAGCAGGAGGUGCCGCCGGAGCUGCUGCGGCUCGCGGCGGAGGGGCGGGUGGCGAGGUACAAGCGGUACAAGUACAGCUGAUGCACACAGAGGAUGCAACGCCGAUCUGAGACUGAAAAAAACGCGCGUUGCAAGUCUGACUAGUCAAUCAAUGUAUGUCUGUCCGUUCUCGAUUGUCAGUGCGUGUGAUUUUCGGCUUGGGCCUCUUAACUGUCUCUUCCUGCCCCGCGGGGGGAGAGAAAUCUCUGCACUCCUGGCGGCAGGAAGUACAGCU